AUGUCGGCGAGUCUGCAGAUUUGCGGGCUGGUAGCAGGCGUGCUGUCGUGGUGUCUCCAGUCCAGCUGCACGUCGUCGCAGCUGUGGAAGGUCCGGAGUCAGGCCGAGUCUCUGAGUAGCAGCCAGUGGCAGUUUGAAGGCCUCUGGAUGAGCUGCGCCGCCACCUCGCUGGGAACGUUGCAGUGCACCAAGUUCAAAACGCUGCUCGGCCUGCCAGUGCACGUUCAGGCGUGUCGCGCUCUCAUGUUGUCAUCUCUGGUGGUGGGUCUGGCCUCCGUCAUCGUGGCCAUUUUGGGCCUCAAGUGCAGUCGUGUGGGCGGCUCCUCGGAGCAAGCCAAAGGGCAAUUUACGCUAAGUGGAGGGGUCAUGUUAAUCCUGUCAGGUGUGACUACCCUGAUCGCCGUGUCUUGGUAUGCUGGUAGGGUGAUCAGUGACUUCUACAAUCCGCUAUAUAACGGUGUCAGGUUCGAGCUAGGCACGGGUCUGUAUCUGGGCUGGGCGGCAUCCGGUCUGGCGUUCUUGGGCGGUGCAAUGCUGUGUUGCUCCUACAGGAGAAGCUCCUCGCCUCCCGAACGACAUUUUUCAUACAACUACUCCAAAAGCAGUCAAAGUCACAACAUGAACAUCUACAAAGCGGCACACGUCAUGGAUGACGGCGGCGGGAGCGCCAAAGCUUACGUGUGA